GCGCGCAAGGCGCUUUCUGAAAUCCAAGGCAACACCGAUGAGAAGCGAGCCGCCGAACUGGAGAAGCGGCAUGACGCCCUCAUGUCGGAAUUCGAUGAUCUCGAUGCGCAAAUUCGCCGUCACGAACGCACCGGCAUGGCUGAGCGCGUCGAGGGCAGCUAUCGCUCCGGAUUUCUCGACCGCGACGACGAUGAGCGGCGCGCCCGCUUGCGACCAAACGCUGGCGAUGGUGAGGGCGGCGGUGUCGACAAUGGCUUUUCAGAUGUAGAGGCCGCUGACGCCGACACGGUUCCCGCUCUGCGCAGCGGCCAGUCUUUUGGCAAAUAUCUCCGCGAAAAGCGUGGGCUUGACUAUGACGAAGAAAAGGACCUUCGCGGCCUGACUACUGGCGGCUAUCUCCGCUCGAUGUUUCUUGGUGCCAAAACAGAUGUUGAGCGCAGAGCGCUGGCCGAAGGCAGUGACAGCGCUGGCGGUUACACGGUGCCUGAGGCUCUUUCGGCACAAUGGAUCGACCGGAUGCGUGCCGCGUCAUCGGUAUUCCGGGCGGGUGCACUGACCGUUCCGCUCGAAUCCAACGUGAACCACAUCGCCAAGGUCGCAACCGAUCCAGUGCCAACUUGGCGCUUGGAAAACAGCACCGUCAGCGAAACUGAACCGACAUUUACUCGGGUUACAUUUACCCCGAAAAGCCUUGCAGUCAUGAUCACGGUGAGCCGCGAGCUUCUGCAAGAUAGUCUCAAUAUCGGUUUGAUACUGCCGGAUAUUCUUGCGUCGGCAAUGGCGCAGGAAAUUGACCGCGUGGCGCUGUUCGGUUCGGGCACUGGCGCAGAACCGCGUGGCGUAGCGAACUUUGCUGGCCUGACAUCGAACGCUUUUGCGGGUGGCCCGCUGACCAGCUAUGCGCCACUGAUCAAAGCCCGGACGGCGCUGCGCACAGUUAACAGCGACGUGACGGCCUACAUCAUGUCGCCACGCGACGAUGGGCAGCUUGCCGAACUGGUCGAUACCACCGGCCAGCCGAUCAACAUGCCUCCUGCAAUUGCCAGGACGCCUAUGCUUGUUACCAGCAAGGUUCCCACCAAUUUGGGUGCCGAAGAAGAUGAAUCGAUCAUCCUUGCAGGGGAGUGGUCGCGUCUGAUGAUAGGCAUCCGGUCUGAGCUCCAGAUCGAGGUGCUGCGCGAGGCGUUCGCCACCAAACACCAGUAUGCGUUUGUGGCCCACCUCAGGGCAGACAUCGCAGCCGAACAUGAGGCGGCGUUUACCAAGCUCUCGGGAAAGAUCAUGAGCGAAAUUGAAAAAAUCGGUGAUGACAUAGAAGAUGGCAUGGCCAAGUAUACCGCCGCUAUGGGCAAUGCUGCACGGGUCAGCGCUGAGGCCGUCACCCGGGCCCAGAUGGACGCUGCCAGCAAAUUUCCCGUCACGGUGAGGACGGACCGCCAACAGGCGCAAUGGAUUUCCGCCCGCAUCGACCGUCGCAAGCGUCGGCUACAGAUCGUGCCAGAGGAUUUGCCAUCGUUCGAGGCGGCAAAUGGUGGCGCAUACGCGGCUCUGCGAGCGCUCACAAACGGCGACUGGACGAUAGAUCUUGUGCGGAAGGUUCUGGCCUUCGCCUCCCUGCCAGCGGACGAACGCAAGAACCUGGCCAAGCUCACCAAAUUUGCCGGAGUUAUGGGGGUGUCCAGCUUGGCGAUCACCGUACCCGUUUGGCUCGAUGAUACUCUGUCCAUGAAGCCGCCCGCCCCCCUUGCCGGGCUCGCGGCGCUCAUCCUGACAGCAGCCCUGUUUGGCAUCCCGGAUGCUGAGGCCGUCUG